CGCCCAAAACAAUAAUGGCUGGUGGCAUAACGAAAGGGGGGCUCGUAACUUUUUCAGUCGGUUUAAUUUUCGGCUUCGCUUUUACAUACAUGUUUGCUUUUUCUUCGUCGAGAGGCGGUAUUGUAAGAAUUGCCCAAACACCAGAAAAGGUUUACCUGACAGGAUUUAUCCCAGAAGACCCGCAUAGCCAUGGAGAAAUGGACAAUUUUAAGGGUCCAGAAAAAUCUGUCAUGUGGAUGGAUGAUCAUUCUCAUGGCCACAUGGGUGAAUCAAGUGUUGCUGCUGAUGAACUGGCAAAGAAAGUUAGAGUUUUAUGUUGGGUAAUGACAAAUCCUUCAAACAUUCAAUCCAAAGCUAAACACGUGAAAGCUACAUGGGGAAAACGAUGUACAAUAUUAUUAUUUAUGAGUUCUGAAGUCGACAAAGAUCUCCCAGCUGUUAAACUACCAGUGUCAGAAGGACGUGACAAUUUGUGGGCGAAAACCAAAGAAGCAUUUAAGCACGUCCAUAAAUAUUAUUUAGAUCAGGCAGACUGGUUUGUAAAAGCAGACGAUGACUCAUAUUUUAUCGUAGAAAAUCUGCGGUACUUUCUAAAGGACCAUGAUCCCAACAAGCCGUUGUAUUUUGGAAGAAGGUUCAAGCCGUAUGUGUCUCAGGGGUAUAUGAGUGGAGGAGCUGGCUAUGUACUAAGUAAACAAGCUUUAGUAAACUUUGUUACGCAAGCCAUUCCAGAUGCUACGAAGUGUAGAAGUGAUCACGGGGGAGCAGAGGAUUUAGAAAUGGGUAAAUGCCUAGCGAAUGUUGGAGUUGCGGCUGGCGAUUCCAGAGAUGAGUUAGGCCGAGAAAGAUUUAAUCCUUUUAUACCAGAACACCAUUUAAUACCAGGAAUAUUACCAGCCAACAUGUGGUACUGGCAGUAUAAUUAUUAUCCCACCCAAAAUGGUCCAGAAUGUUGUAGUGACUAUGCAAUAAGUUUUCAUUAUGUGCCUCCAAAUAUGAUGUAUGUGUUGGAAUAUUUUAUUUAUCAUCUAAAACCUUUUGGUUUACGAAUUCAGCAAUCUUGUAACCAGGAAAAAACGUCUUCUUCAUCUUCUCCCGUUCAUACACCCUCAAACGAAACAUUAAAAAAUACAGAAAAACUUAUAGAAAACAACGAAAUCGAAGAAAAGAAGUCAACAAGCUAAGCCAAUGACGUUGUUAUGGGAGUUAAGACUGUUAUUAUUAUUACCAAAAACUUGUUACUUGUUAAAUAUGUUUUAUAAGCAUUUGUUUUUAACACACUCUUAAUAGUGAUAAAAAAUAAUUAAUUAUUGAGAAUUUAAUGUUUAUAUAUUUACUAAUACUAAAUAGUAUUUUAGCUGUUGAUACAAAUAUAUUUUAAACCGUGUAGAUACAUGUACAGUAUAAGUUGUAGUAUUUUUAAAUAAUUUCAUUCAUCAAAGUGUAUUAUUAUUGACAUACAUGAGCAAUAUUGGAACAAAAAGCUAACUUAAUUUACAUGAAAAACUGUUGACAGUGAGGCCAUCCCACCCCUUUGGACCACCAAAAACAUGGUGUUUUUUGUUGUUGUUGUUUUUUUUUUUUACCAGACUGUCCCUUAACUCUCUAAAUGAACCAAAAUAAUGCUGUUUAUGUAAUAAUUAAAAACACGCCAUAUCAUUCAGAUAUAUUUGUAUGUACUAUUUUAAUCUAAACACUUUUGUUAAUUUUUUGAUGUAGCUCAUCCAUAUAUGAUAAAAAAAAACCCUGCAUAUAUGUACAUGUGAACUGGCUUGUAGGAUAAUAUACAAUAGUAGAAUUAGUUUUUAAGUGUCGAGUAAUGUGAUAAACAUUAUAAAAGAAUAUGGUGUACAGUUUGUGAUGUGGUGAUGUGAUUUUUUGAUGUUCUAUUUUGUCGUUUAAUUCACAAGUUAUCUGGGUUUAUUAUCCACUUUACUUUUUACUGGUUUCUUUAUCAGAUUUAAUGAAGGUGAAGCUGGUGCAUACAUUUCACGGUUGUUUAUUCCACCUACUUGGUCUAGAAUCAGCUAACCUAAUCAAUUCCUGCUAUUCAGAAAAUUCUGAUUUCAAUAAUUUGAUUGUGUUUGGACAUAUGACUUUCUUCUACUCUAGCUUAAGUAUUACUGACCAUCCCUCCACUUUGUACCUGUUAAACCGUGUUAUUUUUACAAGGUAUCUCACUAAAUAUGCAUAUAUGUCAAACAUCAAAAACAUGUACUAUACAUGUAUUAAUUUAAAAUCUGUUGUUAUUAUGUAAUUAAUAAUAAUAUCGGGAUUUUCUAUAGUGCAUGAUUACCAAAUAUUUAGUUCCUAAUGAGCUUUAAAGUAUUUUCUCACUGGUCACAUAAAACUAUUUUGAAAAUGAUAGGUUGUCUAAUUUUAAUUGGUAAUUGACUCCAGAAAUAUAGUGCUGCAAACGCAAAAAUUGUAAAAUUUGUAUUGGUGGUGUAACAUCAAUGUUCAAAAAGACCUGCAUGUAGAAUGGGCAUGCUUGUUUGGAAAAGAUUGAACAAUUAUAUACUAUGUUCGUCUUAAUAUGUACAUGUGUGAAAUCAAUAGACACCAAGGUAAAUUUCAAAUGACCAUAACUUGGGUUAGAAUUGAUCAAUUUGGAUAAUUUUCAGAACAAACUGUUUUUCUAAUUAAAGUACAUUUACUUUCGCUUGAUUGUGACUUAAUUUAAACUUUAUUCUGCCAUGUUAGGGCUUUAACUGAAAUAUGUUAUUGUUUGGUUAUUUUCGGAUGCCUGUGCCUCACAUACCAUGGUGGAUAACAGAGUAUCCUUCACCAGCUUUCUAUUUUUAGACAGGUCAAAUAUAAUUUCACUUUUAUUCAGUCUACCCUAGUCACUUCUUGUUUUGAAUAAUGUUUUGUCACUGAUAAUGUGAUUUAUUAUGGAUAUUUAAUUUAGCAAGUGCCUGAAAUAUGUAUGGGCUAGGAUUAUAUAAUUGUAAUAUAUCAUGAUGUGUAUGACUGGUUGAUGAUAAUGCAUGUACCACCUGUGUAUACAUGUAGACAGUAUUCACAUUAAUUGCUGUCUCCAUCAGGUGAAUUACAAAAUACAAUUCUACUUGAAUUAUGAAACAAUAAAUCAGACAGUAUGAUUAUUAACUUCCCAUCGAAUAUACUAAAAUGUUUCUACAAAAAGAAAAGGCUAUACUUAUUUUAUUUACUUUUUUUUAAAAAAAGGGCCCAAAUAUCUUCCAAAUAUAGCUUUAAAAAUAGACAUCAAAUCACAAGGGAUAUUUUUUUUUGGUGAAUACACAGUUUCAUUUUAGCAUCAAUUUGUAAACAGUUAAAAUGUGGAUUACAUUUCAAUUAGAUUUUUACAUGCAAUCUUCAUGAUAUUCAUCAGGUUAGAACACGAGUAUAAAUAGACAGUAAAUUUACAUGUACAUGUAUAUUAUGUGGUCAGUUAUUUAUACAUGUACCAAUAGACAUGGUUUAAUAAUUCAGUUUUAGAUCUUAUCAGCUGUGUAGUCUCCAAUUUCAUUGUCAAUACUUUAAGGAUUUAAGCAAGCAAGAGUUUGUCAGUUUGAUUGAAUUUAAAAGGGCAGUCAGGGCCAAAUUCAGUUUUAAGGGGGAAAGGGGCUUAACAUAGAGAAAUUAACUUAAACAGUCAUUAGGUAAGAGCUAGAUUUGUUUCUUUGAGCCCUCAAUGUUAUAUAAUGUUAUAUAAAUCAUAGAUCAUAAUCAGCUCUCGAUGCCACUGGAUGCCUCCGAUUUUAAGUAGAUUAGAAUGGUUCGGCCAUUAAAUGAUUUAAUUUAAAAAUGGAGAAGCGAGGCUAAGACUCGAGUGACCAGUACAGUAGUUAUGAUCAAUGCACACAUCUUGUCAAAACUGCAGCCAUUGAUGAAUUUGCUCAAAAUAAAGUAAUUUGAAUGUAAUUUUCAAUAUAUUCAUUUUGCAUUAUCUAUUUUUGAAAUAAUACAGCGAGAACUGCCAUGACUUUAUCUAAAUCUGACAUAAUGCCCCUUUAAGUAGAAAAUAAGAAAGGGAACUAAAAUAAAUGAACAAUUCAUUGGUUCAAAAAAGCAUAUAAGUGGUUCUGAAGGUUCUGAUUUAUCAGUUUUAUUGAAUUGAGUGUACGAAUAACUUUGACUUUGUUAUUCAGUUUGUAAUAUAGGCCAAAGUGAUUUGAAUUACUGGUGAUCAAAUAAGAUGUGUUGUAAGGGCUUCAUUUCUUUAAAUUAUGCACAUCACUUUUUAAGUUUUAUAUUAUGUUUUUGUACUGCUGUAAAAGACAUUCAUUAUUGUAUUCACCCUAAAUAAAAGCCCAGCCAAAGAAUAUUAAAGAAGUUAGAUUAGUUUUUAUAAGCCCACACUAAAAUUCAGCCAAGCGGGAAGUAGGCUAUAGGUAGUGCUAAAAUGUGUUCUGCUUCACUGUUUGAAAUGGACUGGAUCUCCUGGAAAAGUUAGGUUACUUCUGGUGGAAUGAAAGCAAUAGAUACAAAUGUACAUAAACUUAGAAUGACCAAUAGUAAAAGUACCUUUAAUAUAAUCUUAAACUGUAUAUUUGAGUUUAUUCUGGCUUGUCCCUUUAAGGUGUUUAGAAGGUGAUACUUCAAAUUUUGGCUAUAAGUAAUUUGUUAAAAUGAUAGUAGUUCAGUUGUAUCUAUUUAAUGUCUUUGUUUACAGUUUGGAGAGCAAGACAAUAAGUUAUUAUAUUUAUAUUGAGAGUGUCUAUCCAAAGUGCUGUAUUAAUUAUAUUAGGCCUUUAUACAACUUAAAAUACAGAUACACUAUCCCCCCAUGAAUUCAUCAUUUUGAAAAACAUUUAUAAAUAAUAUACAGUUGGCACAUGGCUUGAACUAUUAUUUCAAAUAAUGGUACGCUAACAUAAAAUGAUAAGGUCACAUCUGUAUUUUAAAGUCAUGGGUAUAACGUAAUAUCACUGAUCAUCAUUUGUAUUUUUCACAGCUUAGUUCAAGUUAGAAUAUACUCAAUUUGAUUAAAAAAAAUUUGUAAUUAAAAUUCAACAGUAGAUAAUCUCCCAGCUUGGAUUCAGUAGGAUUAAACAGAGGCCCAUCAAAGAUGUUCACUAAGAUUGUAGAUGGCACUUGCUGAAUGUUGAAAAAUUUUCAGUUCAUCAUAUCUUUCUAAACAGAAACUGGAAUUAAACCAUUUUUGGACUGAUAUUUCUUUUAAAGAACCAACUUUCACAGAAUAGUAAUUUGCAACAAAUUAAACUUCCCUAAAAUGGUGAUCAGAGACUCUAAGGUACAUGUAUUAUACGGUAUAUAUAAUAAAUCUAAAUCUUAUGUAAAAUUUGUUGCCAGUGGAAUAGGGUUUAUUCAGUGUGCUGUAUGUAAUUUAACAUCUUUGUGUUAAAAUAUUUUAUUGUAUUGUGUUAAUAUAUAUAUUUAUUUUUGAUGUAUAUAAUGUACAAAGGAUAUUGCUAUUUUAAAUUAUAGUGACCAAUUUGAUAUUUUAUCAAUGAAAAGUGAAUUUCAGCAGACUAAAUUAUUUAGGUUGUAUAAAAAUAGCUAAUUUAUUUCAUAGUUCCAUAUUUUGUAUCCUCUUUCCUACCCCUAAACUACAAACUUACAGGAAUCAUUAUUACUCUUGUUACUGUUUUAAAUAAUAUUUUUUUUGGGGGGGGGGGGGUAUCUGGAUUUUUAAAUUGUGCCCUCCACUCAGUGGCGUGGUGGGACAGGGAGCAAGAUUUUAUAAUGGUGUCUUUGUGAGGGUAGUAUCUGGAGAGUGUUGUAAGUCCAUGAAAGAUUUUGUGUUUUUAACUUUUUUAACUGUUAAAAUUGUAGCAACCUUUCACAGUCUAAGGAGCAGAAUUUAUUUCUCAUUGCCAACUCAUAUUCUGCGACUUAAGCAACUCUUGCACAAGUUCCAAAAGAGUCAAAUAUUUCUGGGACUACGAAGCAAAGCAGUUAUGGGCCCAAUUUGAUUUAAAUGUUUCUUAAAUUGUAUUUCAUAUUCACAACUCAUAUUUUGAGCAUUCAGUGCCCCUUGAAAAUGGAACCAAGGAUUUUUUAUUAUAUAGUCGAUAUAAAUUUGGCACCUUCGGGCACCCCCUCUCAAAAAGCUUGCCAGGUGAGUACAUGCCUCCCACACAUCCAACACACCACUGCUUUCAAUUGCGAAUUAUACAUGUAUAUGAUCAUUUAAUUUACAUUCAGAAUUUACCAAAAAGUCCAAAGUGUAUUUAUUAGCCUGUUCACAGCCUGUCUUUGGUUAACUGAAUAAGAUCAAAUUCAUAAAAUCGGGUUGCGGCCUAUUCAGUCUGCAUGUAUAACUUCUAUGUCCACUGUACAUAGGAGUUAUACAUGCAGGCUGAAUAAGUUCAAAUUACAUGAUUUGAUUGAUUAUUUUUUAUGUAUUGUAUAUAAUUACGGUUUUAUUUAACUUUGUAUAUAAUGCUUUAAUUUGAUGAAUUAUUCUAAUUAAUAAUUUAAUAACAAUCUUUUAAUAUUAUUUUUAUGAUGAUUUUAUUGUAUACUGGUACGCAAUGAAAAGGAACCACUUUUAUAAAAGCAUGACUGUAAAUCUUGUUUAAAUCUAGCAAUUCCGAAUUGAACAUCAGAUCAGGACCAUAAUAACAUGUACAAUUUACUACAAAUGACAAUUUCAUGAUUGCAUAAAUGCACACAAAUAGCCAUUCAGAUGCUUGUAUCCUCCAGGAAGUGACAGAAGUUGACACACACACUACCUUUUGUGUCUCCGUUUCACUGUAAAGUAAAGUUAUUAUGGCCUUUUUGGGUUGUUCUUCUUUCAGAUGCAUCAUGUCUUGUCAGCUCUUCCAUUCAAAUCAGUUGUUCAUUUUCAUUGGAUUUAAGUAUAUUUUAUCUGUGUCUGAUGCGUUAAUAUCAUUAAGUAUUCUGAUAAUUAUUUAUUGCAAACUAGUUAUGCCUAUCAUUAUGUAUCUUAUUUCCAUUCCAGAUUAAGUGAUACAUUUAAAUAAUAUUCAAAAAAUGUUUUAACAUUU